UGUGACUGCCAUGUACAACAAGUUCUGCCACUAUUAAGCCUUGAUGAAAUUUCAACACAUUAAUUGUUCUGCUACAAAAAAAGAUGGAGGGGCAGGUGAACUUUGAAGAUGUGAUCGCAGAACCUGCAGGCUUACACAGUCCAAAUAGGGUGUGGAAAGCCAGUUACAGCACCUUCACAGUGUCAAUGUACUUAUGUUAUUGCUGCAUGACAAGCAUCUUGAGUGUCCCUCUGUCACUGAUCUGGGGCCUCCUGUUUGCUUGUAUGUCAUUCUGCCACAUCUGGACUUUUGUGCCCUGCAUUAAGUGCCUGAGUCGAUGUCAUAUGCUGGUAAUACGCAAGUUCACCAGCCCGGUCUUUGAGGCACUGGGGAAGAUAUACAGUGGCAUGAGACUGAUUUUCCGCAAGGAGGCGUAAGAGCUUUAUUCAAGAGUGAAGACCAAAUCUCUGGACAUCUUCACACAUGAGAGAAAAAUUAAAUCAUCAGUACAUCUGAUGAAUAAAAUUUUGUGGCACUCAUUGAAACUGUAUGGGAACGUGUGCUCCCCGCCUCAAAAUUGCUCCCUGUGGAUGUUGCUGUUAACCACAAUGUUUUUUUUUUGACAACUUACCAAGUUACA